AAAGAAAAUGCUGACAUUGGUUUCUUGCAAUGAAACAGAAAACAAAAAUAGAAGAGAAGUUUUAUAAGCAAAAGAAUUGUGCUGGUUUGAAAGAAAAAGAAAGAAAGGAAAGAGAAGGACAAUGGCAGCCCAGAAGGCUAAUAUGAAUCCUAAAUCACCAGCACAGGAAUCAACUUGUCAGAAUUUUAUAACAUAUACUGUUAGAAAUGGACCUGGCAAAAUUGUUGGACUCAUCCUGACGUUUAUUUUAAGUCAUCUUUUACACCAUCUGCUUAGGCCUCUUUCUCAACCUCGCAUAGCUUCUGAUAUUGUUAUAGGACUGCUAAUUGGAAACAUACCAUGGGUACGGGACUCUUUCGACGAAAAGUUUAUAACGACACUAAAUUUUGUGGCAGAAUUUGGAAUGAUUUGCUAUAUGUUUGUGUUAGGGAUGGAAAUGGAUCCAUAUGUGAUCUUUAAACCACCAACUCAGCCUGCAAUAAUAGCCUAUGCAGGGAUGGUAUCCACAUUCAUUUUGGCUUGCAGUAUAACCCCAUUUCUGCAGUAUUCUAAACAAGCAGAUAUAGGCUUUACCCUUUCUCUCUCAAUCACCCUCUCCGGCAGUGGCUCGCACAUCCUAACUCGGAUCAUAACCAAUCUCAAAAUAGGCAAAUCGGAUAUAGGAAAGCUUGUGAUUGCAGCAGGAGUGCAUUCUGAUAUGAUAUCCAUGCUUCUCAUCUGCAUUGGAUAUGUUUUUAUUCCUCCAUCAUCAAGAGUUGCUGAUAUUUCUGCCCAAUUCACGAAAGCCUUAACUAUGAGUUCUGCCCUGCUGCUUCAAACAAUUUUUGCAGCCAAAGUCUCACCUGUUUUUCUGAACUGGGUAAACAAUGAAAACCCUGAAGGGAAACCUAUGAAAGGUUCACAUUUAGUACUCUCAAUUGCUUUCAUGGUCAUGGUUUGUACUGCCUCGCCAAUUUAUGGAUACAGCCCUAUUCUCAGUGCAUUCAUGGCAGGAAUCUUUCUACCAAGUGAGGGAAGAGUCUCAAAAUGGGCAGUUGGUAAAAUCAAUUAUCUGUUAACAACCAUUUUCUUCCCACUUUUCUUCUUUUGGAUGGGUUAUCAUGCUAAUCUCCAUAAAUUUGAACCUGGACAAUUGGCAACAUGGGGAAGAUUCGCUGUCCUUACAGUAAUAGCAUUAUUUGGAAAAAUGGUCGGAACAGUCAUUUGUGGAGCAAUGUUAGGUUAUCAUUGGCGUGAAUCUGCUGAACUCGGAUUGCUCUUGACUGCAAAGGGUCAUUUCCAUGUAUUCUUGGCUAUUCUCUUGAGCACUUUUGGAGUUACAAGUACUUCAGUCUCCUGUAUGAUGGUUAUUGUGAUAUUCUUUACUGUCGUACACACUCCAUCAAUUGUGAUGGAAAUCAUCCAAAGAGCGAGGAAACGUGCACCAACUCAUCGGAGGGCACUUCAAUGGCUUGAUCCCUCAACUGAGCUUCGGAUCCUGCUAUGCAUUCAUGGACAGCAUAAUGUGCCUUCAACUAUCAACUUCAUGGAGAUUUCUAGAGGGACAUCUGACCCUGGAAUUCUGGUUUAUGCAACUGACAUGGUUGAACUCACAGAGCAAAUAGCUGCCACAUUGGUGCAGAGUAAUGGGGUGGACACUGUGACAGUAACUGAUAAGCAAGUCACAGACAUGAGAGAUCAAAUAACUCAGUCAAUCCAAGCUUAUGUGGAUGAAAAUGGUGAUGGUAUCACUCUCAGAAGAAUGCUUGCUCUUUCAACUUUUAAUUCCAUGGCACAAGAUAUCUGCAUUUUAGCGGAGGACUUAAUGAUCUCCUUGAUCAUAUUGCCUUUCCACAAGAGUCAACGCUCUGAUGGAACAUUAGACGGUGGUCAUCCUGGUUUCCGUUACGUAAACCGCAAGAUUCUUAGAAAUGCCCCAUGUUCAGUAGGGAUUCUUGUAGAUAGAGGUCUUGGAUUGGCAGAGAAGAUAUCAACUAUGCCAAGGUCAUUCCAUGUAGCAGUCAUCUUCAUUGGUGGCAAAGACGACAGAGAAGCAUUGGCAUAUGCAGGUCGUGUUGCUAGACAUCCAGGAGUGAAGUUGACAGUGAUAAGAUUUCUACUGGAUGACAACUCAGAUCAAAUCUCAAGAAGAGCUGGCGGUUUCAGAAUAAAUCAAGCUGAGCAGGAAGCAGAGAUGAAGCUUGACGACGAGUGUUUCGCUCACUUCUACGAAAGAUAUGUCGCAGGAGGGCAUGUAUCCUAUAUGGAGAAGCAUCUUGCGAAUUCAGCUGAGACCUAUGCAACUCUGAAAUCAUUGGAAGGGCAGUAUGCACUGAUCAUAGUGGGACGAGGAGGAAGGGUGAACUCAAUACUGACAGUUGGGAUGAAUGAUUGGCAGCAGUGUCCAGAAUUAGGUCCCAUAGGGGAUGUGCUAUCCGGUUCUAGUUUCUCACAGAAGACCUCAGUCUUAAUCGUCCAACAACACCACCUUAGAGGAGAACUCAAGGGAGUGGACGACGAUUUCUCUAUCAUGUAAAUGUCUAAUGAGAUAGUUGGAAUUGUUAGAUAGAAAAGAACCAGAAUUAAUUGUAAAUUAUAGUUAGUAGAAUGGAAAAACUUCACUGUGUUUCAAAUAGAUAAUGUAAUUGCAGCUAAAAUUUGACCUAAC